CGGGGGUCCGUCGUCGUCAUGGAUUCUCCGUGGGAUGAGCUGACCCUUGCCUUUUCUCGCACGUCUAUGUUCCCCUUUUUUGACAUCGCCCACUACCUGGUGUCCGUGAUGGCGCUGAAGCGUCAGCCGGAUUGGAACAGGUCACCAUUUCUUGAAUUAUCACCAGAUGCAUAUCAUUAAACCUUGGCAUCACUUCACUUGACAGGAUAUGUACACCACAGAAAAUGCACAUCUGCCAACUAAUGUUCACUCCUGGGCACAUUUUGUUGUGUGAAAUGGAGCUGUGGCAGUGGCAUGGAAGAAUCCUGUUUCCAGCUGGUUUACUGCUAUGCUCCAUUGCUUUGGUGGAGGAAUUUUAUCCUGUGUAUUGCUUGCAGAGCCUCCGUUGAGGUUUUUUGCAAACAACACUAAUAUAUUACUGGCAUCUUCAAUCUGGUAUAUUACAUUUUUUUGCCCAUGUGACCUAGUUUCCCAGGGCUAUUCUUUCCUACCUGUUCAACUCUUGGCUGUGGGAAUGAAAGAAGUGACCAGAACUUGGAAAAUAGUAGGUGGAGUCACACAUGCUAAUAGCUAUUACAAAAAUGGCUGGAUAGUCAUGAUAGCUAUUGGAUGGGCUCGAGGUGCAGGAGGUAGCAUUAUCACGAAUUUUGAGCAGUUGGUAAAAGGAGGUUGGAAACCAGAAGCUGAUGAAUGGCUGAAGAUGUCCUACCCUGCCAAGGUAACCCUACUGGGGUCAGUUAUCUUCACUUUCCAGCACACGAAGCAUCUGGCAGUAUCAAAGCAUAACCUUAUGUUCCUUUAUACCAUGUUUCUUGUGGCCACAAAGAUAACCAUGAUGAUUACAGAGACUGCUACUGUGCCUUUUGCUCCUUUUGAGGAUACAUUGAGUCGGAUGCUGUUUGGCUGGCAGCAGCAGUUUUCAUCAUGUGAAAAGAAAAGUGAAACAAAAUCAUCUUUUAAUGGUACUGGUUCAUCGACCUCAAAACCUAUAGGCGUUGCUUCAGAUACUGUUAAAAAGAAACAUACUAAGAAGACUGAGUAAAUUUACUUUAUGAGCUGUAAAGGCAGAAACUUUUUUCUUAUCUACCUGUCUGAUUGUGAUAAAUAUUUCUAUGUAAAUGAUGUGAAAUAAAGAUUAUAUAUAAGGAA